AUGUCUAGAAGGAACAGUGAUUUGCCAAUAUGGAACUUUUUUGAUAAGCCCGUUGAUGGCCGUAAAACUGCUACAUGUAAUUACUGUCGUCGAGAGUUGUCGUUUAAAACGAGUGUUACAAAUUUAAAACAAAAACACCUUUCGGUGUACAAUAAUUUAAUUAGUUUUGGCAAAACCCUCGAGUCAGCAGCACCUGAAACAGUGAGUAACAUUCCCUUGUCUGAAGUCGAAGGUUUGCAUGUGGAAAAUGUUGGUGAUGGGAAUAGGAAGAGGAACGCUGUAUGCAGUGGUAGUGGAGAGAUGGGGAGGCGUAUAAAUUGUGAUGAACCUCCUAAAAAAAUUCAGAGAACUAUGCAAGCAUAUAUUCCAAAAAGGCUCGAACCAGACGAUAAGAACAAAAUAGAUUUAAACUUUUUAAAAAUGAUCGUAUAUGAUUUUCAGCCCUUUUCAAUAGUAAAGGACGUAGGUUUUCGUGCGCACACGCAUGCACUGAUUCCGAAUUAUGAAAUACCGGACCGAAAAACUUUAUCAGUGAAUCUUCUGCCAAAAGUUUAUGAGAAGAGGCUAGAAGAACUCAAAUCAUUCGUCCAGAUGAAUGCAAAAUCAGUGUGCAUUACCAUUGAUUAUUGGACUUCCCGCACUAUGGAUAGUUAUAUGGGUAUAACAGCGCACUUUAUGACGGAAGACCCUAUAGAAUUAAAAUCGGUACUAAUUCAAUGUGGCGAAUCAGAAGGGCACCAAACAGGCAUAAAAGUAUAUAGGGAGCUGAAAAGUUUAUUAGAAAACUGGGGCAUUUACGACAAAGUCAAUUUUUUUGUCACUGAUAAUGGAGGCAUUACAUGGAGAGUGCCGCAAGAUAUUUUGAACUUGAUGGCUGGGUUCAUUUUGGAUGUUAUGCCCAUAAACUUUACCUCGUCGUUCAAGAUGCACUUGCCGAAAUAA